UUCUCACUUCUCAGUGCGACCACCGCAGUCUUGGAUCGACCACUUCUAUAUAUAUGUCACCUCUGCGGAGAAUAAAAUCCGACCUUUAGAGCUUCCCACAUGUUCCCAACGAUGCCGGCGGGCCGAGCAGGGAGGAGCGACCUGCAGGCAGAGAUGUUGAGCGGCUUGCCUGAAUAUUUCAUGGCGUCGUUUUACCCCCACAUGGAGAUGGAGAUGGAGAUGGAGACGGAGAUGGCGAUGAGGGAUGAAGCCGUCGAUGCUACAAGGAUGGAUCGAGCUCUCGUCGCGUCCCGGAACCACAGGGAAGCCGAAAGGCGACGCAGGGAGAGGAUCAAGUCCCACCUCGAUCGCCUGCGUACCAUCCUUGCCUGUGAUCCCAAGACGGACAAAGCAUCCCUCCUGGCCAAGGUCGUGGAGCGCAUGAAAGAUCUGAAGCAACGGGCUGAGGAGAUCACCGAGGCACAGUGCUUCCCAUCUGAAACCGACGAGAUCGUCGUGCUCCCCUCCUCCGCCUCCAUCAGUGGCCAGAGAUCAGUGUUCGAGGCUUCCUUCUGCUGCGAGGACAGGUCCGACCUUCUGCCGGAGCUCAUCGACACCCUCCGAUCGCUCCGCCUAAAGACUCUGCGAGCCGAGAUCGCGACGCUUGGCGGAAGGGUGCGCAACGUCCUCAUCCUCGCCAAGGAGAACGAGGCGUCCGAGGAGGAGGAGGAGGAGGAGGAAGAGGAUGAGCCCGGUGGCGCCUUCCUGAGGGACGCUCUCCAGGCUCUGGUGGACCGACCACAUCCGGCCGAGCGUUGCAAGAGGCGCCGUCUCGUCGACCAGGAUUCAACCUAAGAGUUCACUUUUGGUUACUCGAUUCAUGGUUUGGUGUGGCCUGUCAGGUUUUAGGGUUGUAACCGAUGUUGUGAGCACGAAGAUAAAGAAGAUGAGCUACUUUGUUGUAUGGCGUUAAUACAGUCUAACACAUGAGAAGAAAACGAUAAUGGAAUGUCCAGUGGACAUGUGUUGUUAAUGGCCUCUCAACUUUGACUUUAAUGGUGUGUAUGUGUGGAAUUAACGGAGAAGAAUGUAAGAGUGGGAGCUGUAGAGAGAUGGCUAAAGUCUCCUCUAUGCACUAAAGAUGGAGGAUAUCUUUCUUCUUCUUCUUCUUCUCCA